AUGUUGCGCUCACUGAUCACCACGGCCUUGGUCGCUGGACCAGCUGUUCUGGGUCAGUCAGACAUGCCACUGUCGCCAGCCUUGCAAAAGAUCAUCAGUGAUGCGGCCUCGGAUCCCAAAUAUGACUACCCGACUUCCCUGACACGAGACAUCGUCCCCAAGGCCUUUCACUCGCACAAUGACUACUGGCGUGAAGUCCCCUUCUACUCGGCCCUGAAGGCAGGCGCAGUCAGCGUCGAGGCCGACGUCUGGCUCUACAACGGGACCCUGCACGUAGGCCACGAGCAGUCCGCCCUGACCGACGAGCGCACCCUGGACAGCCUGUACAUCCAGCCCAUCCUGUCGGUCCUGGAGGCCCAGAACCCAAACAGCUCCUUCGUCCCGGGCGCCACCAAGAACGGCGUCUACGACACCUCCUCCACCCAGACGCUGUACCUCUUCGUCGACCUCAAGACCGACGGCGCCACCACCUUCCCCGCAGUCAUCGAGGCCCUCCAGCCCCUCCGCGACGCGGGCUACCUGACCACAUUCGACGGCACCACCGUCACCCAGGGGCCCGUCACGGUGAUCGGCACGGGUAACACGCCGCUGAACCAGGUCCAGGGCGUCGCGCCCCGCGACUACUUCUGGGACGCGCCCAUCCCGUUCCUCUCCACCAUCUACGCCAAUAUCACCUCUGACGUCUCGCCCAUCGCGAGCACCAACUUCAACGUGAUUUUCCCCGGCGUGCGCGGCACGGACGGGCUUAACGACCUGCAAAAGGUGCUGCUCGCGGCCCAGGUCGCCGUCGCACACGUCAAGGGCAUCAAGGUGCGGUAUUGGGACCAGCCUGGGUGGCCUGUGGGCACGCGGAACGGCAUCUGGAGGUCGCUGUGGGAGGCUGGGGUGGAUUUGUUGAAUGUCGAUGAUCUGGAGGGCGCGGCUAAUUUCUGGGAAAGCUCUGGCUGA